UGUUCCAUUCGUUCCUCUUCUUCCUCCAUCCUCUGCCUGCUGCUAUAAAUAAUAUCCCACGCUAGCUGGGCGACCCGCAGAUAGGACUGCAGAAAACCAAAGGCCCUAGCUCCCUCCAGCUGCUCAUCAUCCAAUCCAACACCAUCGAUGGAUCGAUCGCUCAGCUCAUCACCUUGAUCCACAGAUAGAUAGAUAGUUAGAUGGGGUCUCUGAGAGGAGGAGGAGGAGGAGGAGGAGGAGGAGGAGGAGGCAGCGGCGGCGGCGGCGGCAUGGACGAGGAGGCGGCGAGGAUUCCGAUGGUGGAUGCGGAGGAGGCAUGCGCCCUCCUCAGCGCGGCCACGCACCUGCAGUAUCUCGAUGUCAGGAUGUGGGAGGACUUUGACAAGGGCCAUGUCGCCGGUGCUCGGAAUGUUCCCUACUACCUCUCCGUCACUCCACACGGGAAGGAGAAGAAUCCCCACUUUGUGGAGCAGGUGUCCGCGCUCUAUCCCCAGGACCAACACAUGAUUGUGGGCUGCCGCUCCGGCAUUCGGUCCAAGCUCGCCACUGCAGACCUCCUCAGCGCGGGCUUCAAGAAUGUGAGGAACCUGGAAGGCGGCUACCUCUCCUUGCUCCGAAGCGCCAACCAGGCAGCAGCACCACCACCAGGCACCACCCGGCUGCCUAGCCAUUAAUUAAUUACUGUAUUAUUUAACCGUGGACUACCAAAUACAGCAGUAUUAUAUAUGUUUUCCUCUUGCUCUGCCUCCAUCGCCAUCCGUAUCUGUAUGCAAUAAAGAGGAACAACAAUUAAUGCAAUAAGCAAGAUAAUUCAUUUUCUGACUGCUGGAA